UGAGCGGGUAGCAUUCUCCCUGGCAGCUUGGGCCACGCGCAGUUGGAGCUGAGGCACAGCAAAGCCAGUCUCUUGGAAAAGCUCGCCACAGCCUCUGGAGCCUCUGAGGCCAGCUUCGCUGCGCUGCCCCUCAGCAGCAGAGUGACGCUGCAGGAGAGCGAAGGCGGAGAGCAGGCGGGCAGUUGGUAGCCGGCUGCACUGCUGGGGUGCGCACACUCUUGCUUAGCACCCGCACGCGCCAACCGCGGCUUGCGCCUUUCUUUGCCUGGGGUGCCCGGCCUCCUCGCCCUCCCACCGGCACAUCGGGCGGGCGGUCCGAGGAGCAGCAUGAAUCUGAGGCUCUGCGUGAAGGCGCUGCUGCUGCUCUGGCUCUCCCUGACUGCGGUGUGUGGAGUGCCCCUGCUGCAGCCUCCUGAUGGGAAGGGACUGGAGGAAGUCAGCUACCUGGUACAGCCAAGGGCUUCCAGGAAUGGACCAGCGCCCUGGCAGGGGGGCCGGAGGAAGUUCCGCCGCCAGCGACCCCGCCUCUCCCAUAAGGGCCCCAUGCCUUUCUGAAGCAGGACUGGAGGGUCCCUCAUGUGCCAGCGCACUGUGGUUGUCUCCACUCCGCAGAUCGGUCUGCUUCUCUGGAGCCCUCACAUCCAGUCAGCUCUCGUCUUGCACCUGUUCUAGCUGCUGAUGGUCCCGGCUCUCCUCACCCACCAGCUUCUUAUAACGGCGUGGUCCCGCCCUUUGUUCUGAUGAUUCUGUUUCUCUCAUAAGGAUCCGUUAAGCCCAUCUUCCUGGCUUUUGCCUGGACUGACUUUGGAGACCCAGCCUGUCCUAGCCCGCCACACUCCCUGCUCCCCACCAAGCCCAAUGAAUGCUUCCACGGACCCCCACUGGGCUCUCCCUGCUGUAUCUGCCCUGAGGUCUGGGUAGAAAACAAUCCCUUCCUCAAUGGGCUCCUGCAAAUCCUUGUUUUUUUGUCAGUGGAUCCCUCACUUGGCCUCUAGACAGGGAUCAGAGAUGCACAAGGAGAGAUUCUAACUAGAGGGGUGGGUGUAGGGCUUCAAAGAGGGUGCGUAGGGGCAUCAAAAUUGGGUGCCCUGGUGAAGGGGGUUGAAGCACUGGAGAAGUGAGAAGAGUACCAUUGUGGCCUCCUCAUCCCCAUGUCUGGUCCAGUUAAGGAAGAAGUGAAUGAGGAGCCCAGGAAGUACUUUGUCACACUGUGCCCCCUUCCCAGGCCCCGCACAUCAGCAGCUAUGGUAAUUGAAGCUCUGAGUCAGGAAGUGAGGGUGCUGGGCCUGGGGUGACUGUUUACCCUCCCAGGUGUGAAAGUUGAGCAAGAGGGUUGCUUUGACCAGGAAUCAUAGACUACCAGAGCUGAAAAGACCCUUGGAGAUCACACAGCUCAGCCUCCUUAUGCAAAAAAGCUUGUGACAACAGAGGCCUGGAGAGGAGAAUGACUUGCUCAGGGUCACUGCAGAGCCAGAAUGGGGACCAGGUCUCCCAAGUCCUACUUCGUGAUACCCUCUGACCUCUUGAUAUUUUCCCAAAACACACAAAGUGCCUUUUGCUGAGGUUAUGGGGGAGUGGCUGGGAAGUGCAAGGAGAAGCAAGCUGCUUGCAAACUGCCCCAUUGAGGGGAGACAAAACAACUCCCACCUCCCUGGCCUUCCCUGCUCUCCAUAGGUUGGAAGGUUCCAUGAGUGACCAGCACUACCCCUGGGCCUGGAGCACUUUAACAGGGCAGCUCAGGCCCUGGGACUAAUAUUUAGACCCCAACACUGCUCGUCAGGAGCCAGAGGCAGCCUUAAAUAACCAACUCAAUAGCAUCCACUUUAUGUGGACUGGACAUUCCUUCCUAGUGGCCUUUCUGGGGGGUCUGAGGGCAGAGAAGGGGGAAGAAAAGAAGGGGGAGAAGGAAGUAAAGACCGGUAGGAAGAUGUGCAGGCUGGAUAGCGCCCCUUGCAGGAGGCCCUGUCUUUCACACGGGUCUUCCACAGCCUCUUCUGCAGGGGGGCCCUCUUGGCUUUUGUCUGAGCAGCCUUUCUUUCCACUGGCCUCCCAAGACAGAGAAAAGGGAAAACAGAAGCCCGACGCUUGCCUCGUACUCAUGAGGGCAAGGGGGAGUCAGGUCACCCCAAGUCCCUUAAUAAUCCCUGUUUGCCUAUGCCCCACCUCCACCUCAGACGUUUCCUUUCCCUCUGCUGCUGCUACUGCUGAUGCUACUGCUGCUACUGCUGCCACCUCAAGGCCUACCCUGGGAAGCCAGGCUGGGCAUAGCCUCCAAUCCAUCUGGGCAUGCAGUGGGGCUGACCAGUGUCCAAAAAGUCUCCUUUGCCACUGGUAGUCCCACUAGGGACCUGACCACCUUCCUUCUCCUCCUCCUUUCUGUGUCCCAUCCCUCAUCAUCCUGCCAUGACCUGUAGCCCAGCCCCAUGGGGAAGGGGACAGAAGAGGGAUGAUGACUGGGAAAGAUGGGAGACAGGGGCAGAGGUGGGUAGGGGGUGGGGCGAGGAUGUUGUCUUAUUUAAAGUGGUUGUGUAUGAUUCUUAUACUAAUUUAUACAAAGAUAUUAAGAUUCUUUUCAUUAAGAAAUUGCCCCUCCCCAUAUUGUGUUCACUGUGUUUGUAAAGAUUGUUCUAUGUAAAUAUGUCUUAAUAAUAAAGAGUUAAAAGCUGACAAUUUGCCCUUACUCUUGGAGGUCACAUUCAGGAGAGGUGUUCCUUUCCUCUGAGGGCCAAUGAUGUCUCUGUGCCCAUAGACUGCAGUGCAGGGAGGUGAGUGCUUGCACCCCAAAUCAGUUUUAGGUCAGCUGGCCUCAAACUGAUUCACCACAGGCUUACAAGGAGAACCUUUAAGCUUAGUAACCUGUUCAAAUAAAAUUCAGCCCACUUCUAAGUCUUUUGGCAUUUGUUUGAAUGUCCUAGCAUUCUGGCAGUAUCAUUGAAAGGAUUUUUUUUAAAAAGCAAUUUAUUUAAGAACAUGCUAAUUAAAGUUAAGAUUUCUACUAAAAGUUGUUUUGUAGUUUUGGUGGGUGUCUUCUAUUUUAUCUACUUUUGAACACUUUCAGGACUUUUUAGCCAGUUCGCUUUUCUCAAAAGAUCUCAUGUUUUCAGCAAUAAAUACAUUUGGUAAUGACUUUGUAUGUAUCAUCUUUUGUUUCACAAAGUGGAGUUGCUUGAUGAAUGAGGCAGCCUGAAAAAUAAAAUGCAAGGAGUUCAAUGCAA